AUGUUGGGUCUCGAGCCGCAAAAGAGGAACCGGGCGAACCAGAAGAACAAGGUGACCAAGUCGAAGAAGGACCAGAAAACGAUCAAGCCAGAAGACCUCGUCAAGGCCGAGCCAGGCUUGCAAAACCAUACGGCCUACCAUGAUGCUCGGUCGGGCUCGCCACUAGAGAUCAAGGCUCACACAAGCCAACCCAUGUAUCAUCAGAACCACUUUACCCCCACAUCCAUGGCUUCGCCGGCCGGCCCGGAGAGCCACUCGGCCCCACAAAUGCGACUGCUCACGCCGUGCAGCGAUGACAUGCUGUCGGCGGCGCAUCCUUUGCAUUUCAGUCCACCAGCCAGUGUCCUCGGCGCCUUCGACAUGCCGGCGUCACGGCACUGUGGACAUGAGCACGAGCAUUCGCUCGAGUCGGGUCAGGACCACGCUCUGUGGCCGGGAAGCCCGGCCUUCUCGACUUUCGAUGCCGCUUACAACCUUGAUGAAUAUUCGAUCGGCACAACGUGCGAUCACCACAUGGCUGCCGCCCAACAAGACGCGCAGCACGCCACGUCGGGACUCGGACUCGGCCUUUCCGGGCAUGUGGGUAUCAAGUCGGAGCAUUGGGAUACGGCGUACCGGCGGUGA